AAAGAGGGUUCUUCAUUGUGGAUUCUAAGAAAAAUUUUAAGAGAAAAAAUGUCUGCAACUGCCAUUAUCAAGCCCAUUGUGAGCAAACUCUAUUGUUCUGCUUCACAGGUAGUAGUACUCACAGUGAGAAAGAGGCCUCAUGUUGUGAAUGGAGGAGGUUUUGUAGUCACGGAUUGCAGCCAAAAGAUUAUUUUCAAGGUUGAUGGUUGUGGAACUUUAGGCAUCAAAGGAGAAUUGAUCCUGAGAGAUGCUGAUGGAGAAUCUCUGCUUCUAAUUCGCCGAAAGGGAGGCAUGUUUCAAGCUCUAAGCAUUCAUAGGCAAUGGAAAGGUUAUAUGGUGGACUAUGAAGGAACAGAGAAGUUGGUUUUUAGCCUAAAAGAGCCAAACUCAUGCCUUGCAAAGAACAUUAAAGUGAAUGUUGUACCUAAGAAAUGCAAUAUUAAUAUGGACUGGGAUUUUGAGGUCAGGGGUUCUUUUCCUGAUAAAGCUUGUGUCAUUAUUGAUUCUGCUGGAAACACAGUUGCAAAGGUUGGAGUGAAGAAGGAGGCACAGUUGAUGAUGGUAAGCAAGGAUCUCUAUCAGGUGGAGGUGCAACCAGGAUUUGAUCAAGCUUUUGUUUGUGGGGUUGUAGCUGUUCUUGACAAUAUCUAUGAUGAGUCUACUCAUUGUUGAACAGAUUUUGAGACUGGGAAGAACAUGUCUCCAACUAUUAUUUAAGCAAUUCUAUUU